AUGUUGCUGAAAGGGCUCCCCCAGCUCAAAAAUACCAUGAAACUGAGCUUGCCUCCUUGCGCAUCAAGUCAUCAAUUUUUACGCGGAUUUGGGAUUUCCAGCCGUGUUAUGUCGGGUCAUAACAAGUGGUCUACGAUCAAGCACGACAAGGCGAAGAACGAUGCAGAAAGGACCAAAAUAUUCAGCAAAUUCGCGAAUCAAAUUGCAUUAGCGGUUAAAAUGGGUGGAUCUGCGGACCCAGCCCUCAAUUUACGACUGGCCUCUGCCAUUGAGUUGGCUAACAAGAAUAACGUCACGAAACGUGUGAUUGAAAAUGCGAUCAAAAAGGGCUCUGGUGUGUCAGAUAAAGGCGGAGCUAAAGCGGAAUCGUGUACGUACGAGGGAAUGGGUCCCGGUGGCGUCGCUUUUGUAGUGGAAGCGCUAACAGACAAUAAAAACAGAACAAUUGGGCUCGUGCGAAGCACUUUCACCAAAGCGAACGGUAGCAUGACACCGACGCUGUACUUCUUCGAGCGACGAGGAUUUGUCGUGGCGCAGCCGCCUGCACACCUCAAGGACAUCGAACAGGUUUUCGAAGCGGUAUUGGAUAUAGACGGUGUACACGACCUCAGCGUUUUGCCUGCAGAAAAAGAGACGACCCAGGCCGCGCAAUCCGCCUCCCAAACGGAAGAAAUAAUCUCAGAGAUUUACGAAGUCAGCACAGAGCCGGGAACUGCCAACCAGACUGCGGCGCUUCUCAAGGACCGGGGAUUUUCCAUAAAGGAAAUCGGUGUCGAUUACAUACAUAAAAACGACAUGGCGACGCAAAUCGAAGAUCCUGACGUGCAAAUCAAGCUAGACCGUUUCAUGCAGCAGCUGGACGAAAUAGAAGACGUCACCGCCGUCUACAACAACGCGAGGUGA